UCAAUACAAUGUUGACUAUAAAACUAGUCUGUCCCCUUCCACUUCACAUUCGCCACCAAAUUAGAAAGAGAGAGAGAGGAACAAGAGCAAAAAGCCUCAUUCAACUUAGCAAAUCAAUCCCUUAAGAUUCCCAAAAACCAAAGCAAACCUUUGAUUAUUUUUAUUUAAUACACAUCCAAUUUACUCAUGGGAUUUCCCGGUAAAUCUUACAACCAACUCGAAGGCGAGAUACGUGAAGCCACUGACGGUAAAAAAUGGGUUAUCGCCGGUCACCCUCCACGUUCGCCGCUCAAGCCUAUUAACUCCUCCUCCUCUGACGUCACAGUCACCGAAACAGAGGAUCAAGAUCAGUGUCCGACAACACCUACAGCGGUUUCCGUCAGAAUUCCAAGAGUCCCGCCGUGCCCAGCGGCACCAAAGAAGCGGAAGCCGUCGUCCAAGUGCAGCUGCGUUGCCGGCGGUAGAGAGUUCUUCUGUCCACCAGACCUCGAAACCGUUUUCAUUCAGAGAGCUAGUUAACUCUGCUUUUUCACUCUCUUUCUAACCUUCUUUAGGGUUUGUAAUAUUCUUCUCGAUUCUGGUUAAGUUUUAGAUUCUGAACGUACUCUUAUGUUCUUGUGUGUGUUUUCAGUUCUAGACUUCUAGUAAUGUUAGGACACUAGUUAAGGUUGCUGAAUAGGAAGUCUUUCGUGUUUAUGUACCAAUUAUCCCCCCCCCCCUUCCCUUUUCCAGUAAUUAUACUUAUUAAAUAUAUGACAUGUCGUUGUAGCUUGGUUUAUUGAUUUGCAAUUUUUGAAAUGUUUCUUGUCUGGUUAUUUUCUUUCGCUCUUUCCCACUCAUAUUCAAUGAAGUCCGUUGAUUAUAGAAA